UCCGGUGCACGUGGGGAGCGCGCACAUGGCGGCGGACAUGUCGCCGGACGAGGAGGAUGUGCAGCGGCUCCUGAUCCAGUUCCGCGAUGAGGCGGGGGAGUGCCUGGGCUCCCCCUUCGACGUCCCCGUCACCAUCACUCCCGACAAGCUGCAGCUGGUCUGCAACGCCCUCCUGCAGAAGGAUGAGCCGGUGCCUCUGGCCUUCUUCGUCCACGAUGCCGAGAUCGUGGCGUCGCUGGAGAAGACCCUGGCAGGGCAGAGCGUGGAGACAGAGAAGGUCCUGGACAUCAUCUACCAGCCGCAGGCCGUGUUCAGGGUGCGGGCGGUGACGCGCUGCACCAGCUCCCUCGAGGGACACACCGAGGCCGUCAUCUCCGUGGCUUUCAGCCCCACGGGAAAGUACCUGGCGAGCGGCUCUGGAGACACCACUGUGCGCUUCUGGGACCUGAGCACGGAAACGCCGCAGUUCACAGCCAAAGGUCACCGGCACUGGGUGCUCAGCAUUGCUUGGUCACCUGAUGGCAAGAAGCUGGCCUCGGGCUGCAAGAACAGCCAGAUCUUUCUCUGGGACCCAGCCACUGGCAGCCAGAUCGGCCGGGUGCUCUCUGGCCACUCCAAAUGGAUCACAUGUCUGUGCUGGGAGCCGCUCCACUUAAACCCAGAGUGCCGUUACCUGGCCAGUGCCUCCAAGGAUGGCAGCAUCCGCAUCUGGGACACGCUGAUGGGCAGGUGUGACAAAAUCCUCACGAGCCACACGCAGUCGGUGACCUGUGUGAAGUGGGGGGGCGAUGGCUUGCUCUACUCCUCCUCCCAGGACAGGACCAUCAAAGUCUGGAGGAGCCAGGAUGGGGUCCUGUGCCGCACCCUGCAGGGCCACGCUCACUGGGUGAACACCAUGGCCCUGAGCACCGAUUACGUUCUGCGCACCGGCGCCUUCGAGCCCGCCGAGGCCACCAUCAACCCCCAGGAUGUCAGAGGCUCCUUGUCAGAACUGAAAGACAGGGCACUGCAGAGAUACAACCAAGUCCGGGGCCAGGAACCAGAAAGGCUUGUCUCGGGGUCAGAUGAUUUCACCCUGUUCCUUUGGAGACCAGCAGAAGACAAGAAGCCACUGGAGAGGAUGACAGGCCACCAGGCAUUGAUUAACCAAGUCUUGUUCUCCCCAGACACCCGGAUAAUAGCCAGUGCUUCCUUUGACAAGUCCAUAAAGCUCUGGGAUGGUAGGACAGGAAAGUACCUGACAUCGCUGAGGGGCCACGUGUCAGCCGUGUACCAGAUUGCCUGGUCAGCCGACAGCCGCUUGCUGGUGAGCGGCAGCAGCGACAGCACCCUCAAGGUCUGGGAUGCCAAGACAAAGAAACUGGCCGUUGAUCUGCCUGGCCAUGCAGAUGAGGUGUACGCAGCGGAUUGGAGCCCGGACGGACAGAGGGUGGCGAGCGGAGGGAAGGACAAGUGCUUGAGGAUAUGGCGUCGAUAGAACAGUGACAUGGAGCUGCUGGUCCUGCCCUCAGCACAGUCCUGGGAGAUCUCCAAGGUGAUGGAUGAAGAGACUGACCCAAACGUGGCUCUGUGUUCCUGUUGGCAACUCUCCCUCAUGGACUCUUUCCUUAUAUUUAUUUAAGGAAAUUUUAAUUUUUGUUCUUAUUAAGAGCUGUGCGUUGCAGGGUGAUUUUUUUCUGAACAUCACAGGAGGGAUAUCUCAUCUGCCUCCAUCUCAACUGGCUUUUUAUUGGAAUUUCAGCCUCAUAGUAGCCACUGCCCUGGAAGGGGCAAGCAGAGGGUGGAGACUGCUCGUGCCCUUUCUUGCUCUGUAAAGAAUCCUGUGAAGAGGGUUUUAGUGGGAACAGAGAGGGUUGUCCUUGUGUGGCCUUCAGAGAGGGAGAAAAAUGGGAAAUUUCAGCACAUCAUUACAUUGCAGAAUUUUGCUUGGCUGCAUGUCUGGGACAAAGAUCUGCUGAGAAUGGGGACUUGGGGAUUCUCAUUAUUCCAGAAAGGUUUUGCCUUUCCACAGAGCCCCACUUCCAUGUGGGCUGUGCUGAGCAUUGUCUGCCAGUGAUCCUCUGCACCCACAGCAGAUUACUCCUUUGCUAAUCUGGGGUGCACCAGCAUGGACUUCAAAUGACUGCUGGAGCUGUGCUGAGUUUUCAGGUUUCAGCAGCUCUUGGGAAUGGGGAAAUGAGAAUGAACAGGGAGAGAUGUCCAUUUCCCACCCACCCCUGACUCAGGUGGAAGGAAGGAUAGGGUGGGGAAGGGGAAGAAUGGAGCAGGAAUUCUGUGUGGCACUUGUCCCUUGCCCUGGAUACGUGCUGACACAGAAAAUGGCAAUGCUUCCAUUGCACAGAGCUGGCUCCUUCUGGAAUUUCUCAAAUGCAUUUACUUGCCCAGUGGGUGAGAGGGAUUCACACUGUCAGCUGAGUAUUUCUAAGUUUGCUUAUGAGCCUUUUUAUCAGUCAGGUCAGGCUUCCAGCCAUCAUGAGGUGAAUAGACCUGGACUAAGUAUUUAUUUCCAGGGUGCUUAUGAAACAGAGAAAAUCAAGAUGUGUUUGAUAAGGAGCAGAAAUAACACUGUCAGAUUUAGUUGCAGCAGGUUAACAUGAAGGUCAAAACAUUCUCCACAGCCCUCACACACAGUGAUUACUACAACUCAGAACAGGAGUUUGGGUCUCAGAUGCUUCCCAGCUGCAGAAGAUGAAUUUUAGGACUAUCCCUGCUGGCAGGGUUGCUUUGGAGAAUUAAGAUUGUUUGUCUGCAAGUGCUCAGGUGAGCCAAAGGCUGGAACAAAGGGUUAAAUCUUUAAUAUGACUGAGAAGACAGUUUGUGGUUCCUGUUGCUGUUAGUAUCUCCUGCCAGCCAAGUCAGCAGGGAUCUAUCUCUGGGAUCUUUUGGGAAGAGCUCAGUAUCCCAUACCUGCUCUUUCAUUAGGGUGCUUCCUCCACCUGGUUCUUGCUGACAGUGAGGGCCACGUUGUGGCCAUCUGCAUAAACAAAAUUUGUAAUUCCCUGAGGUAAGUGUGGGACAGGGUGGUUUAAAACCAGCUGCUAAGUCUGCCCUGGGGAGGAAGAGGAGCAGGUCACUGGUGACGGCCAAGAAGCCUGCCUGGUUUCCAGGUUUUUUGGGGUGCUUGUGCUAAAGGAAAUGACCCACCCUUGGGAGUUCAACUCUCUGACCCCAGGUCUGACUUGCUGCAAGCAGCAGCUCCAGGUUGCAAGCUUCCUGAGUGAAUAAUCAUCAUUCUCUGCUUCCUGCUCUGGAGUGCUGCUCAGGGUCGCUGUCAAUCCGUGGUGUGUCUUGUGUUGGAGGCAGAGAUGUAGGAGAGCUCAGGGAAGCAAUUCUGCCUGUGGGAACUUGGCUUGGCUGUGUGUGUAGGUGUACCUAAAAUAUCAGUGUACUUUGCCCACUGAUUUCCAAACCAAAGCAAUCACUGUGCCCUCAGACCUGUCAUCCCUUCAGACUUGGCUUCUGUGCCAGAAGCCUGAUUAAAACCUACCUUUCUAAUGCUGCAGCAGAAAGAUUUUCCAAAGGGAAGUGAGACCACCUGAAGACAGAGAGGGCCUUGCAACUAAGUUUACACCAAAUUAAGCUCUUGGCCUUAAUCUUCCUGUGGUCUGAUAGUGGGUAGAUUUUUGAACCACACUCUAUGAUGGCUUUGCAUGUAAACCAAAUUGUAUUUUCUUAUCUAAGCAUCUGCUGCUAUUUUUACCAUUCAUACAGCACCAGCCUCCAUGCAUACUAAGUGCUGGCCCCGCUCCAGCUGUAUUCCUAAGCAAUUCCCUAACACUCCUCCCUCCCAGUUUUAUUUGAAUGCGGCAUUUCCCGGGCCUGGCUGCAGUCUCCUGCCUGCUCAGGCUCUGGGGAAGGAAGAGCUGCUGCCCUUCCCUCCAGAGCUGCUCCUGCUUGGCAGGAGCUGCAGCGAGCGCGUGACCUGCCGGCGCUGGGGACGGGAGCUUUAAUUAGCUAAUUUGGGCAAUUGCAGAUGCAAAUUUGGGUUGAUGGCGUUAUUAAUGGGGGAGAUGUUACUUUGUGUUAAGGGACAAAUCUAGGAGGUAGGCUGGAGCUUUCUGAUUGCUUCUCUGGGAUCAGCAGCACCAGCCUUACAGAAAACCUGCUGAAAUGCCUGAGCUGUUUGAUAGGAAUCCUGGGAUCUGCUUCCAGUUCCUCCUGAGUUUCUCAUCAAGCAUCCUACACAGGUUUUCUUACCACAAGGCUGUUAUUUUUCACUGGUAAUACAAGAAUCAUUUUAAGCAUAGCCAGAAACUGUCCUGCAGAGCCCUCUGACUUUCUCCUUUAAAAGCUCAGCUGAUGCCACCAUUAAUUUUGUUACAAAUCCCAAUGGGAGGACAGUGCUGAUAAGGACUGGGAAGUGUGCCAGUCCUCUGAGGAAGGUUUACCUGUCUAAUGAAAUCCUGAAUGUGAUGGAGCAGGGAAGGAAUGAUAUGGUAAGAACACCUGGAGUGAAGUCAAUAGCUCUGAGAUGAGCUGGAUGCUGCCAGACUCCUACCUUUGGGAGCUGAUUUAAAUAAGUGAGGCCUUAAAACUCUUCUUGGGGCUGUGUCCUGCUUAUCCAUGCAAGUGGAGUGUGUGUUGUGUUCCCUGGGUCCUUGAAGCCACAUGUUCCUGUCCUGGUCGACUCAGAUGAUCUCUUGAAUAUUUUCCCAGAUCUGUAAUUUAAUUUCCAUGUGCAAGUUUAUAGCCUGGGGAGAGAGAGAGACAAGAAAAAUCUUUCAAUGAAUUGCAAGAAAAUGAACUUCAUUCAUUGUUCUGCAUGGAAAGUAGGAAAAGCAGCCUUGUUCUGCUUUUUUUUUUGGGUCAACCCAGGCGCUGUUCAGGUGAUGUUUCUACCUCAGGGCUGCAUUUUGGUAGUGUGGUAUGGCAGAGAAUGGCUUGCUGUGAAGUCCAUUAGUGUUUUUGAGGAUUAAAGGUAUUAGGAAAACUCAGGGCAGUGAUGUCUGUGUUCUGUGGAGCUGCUACCAGAUGAAAGCAUCCUCUCUGCACUCAGACCAGCAACCUGCAAGUUGCUAAUCCCCUCCUAGAUGUGUUUCUCUUGUGAUCAGAAGUCCUGGCUCACAACUGAGGGACUAAUUUGUCUGAAGCAAAGGAGUGCAGCUGGGAAGGAGCCCCAGAGCCAUGUCCAGCACUGCUGUUGUGUUUUUCUUCACUCUGUGAAUGGUGGUUGCAGAACUGUGGGUUGCUGGUGGUCUCUCUCAGUGGGCUGCAGCUCGUGCAGAGCGUGAUGUUAAAAAUGAACCAACGCAGGACACAGUGCUCUGUGGUUUUGAAGGAUCUCUGAGGUCGAUCAGGCACACUGGUGCCCUGGGUGUUUUAGUGUCGUGCUGCAUGGUGAGAGCAGAGCAUCCCCCCGGGUGCUGCAGGAUACAGGGCUGAAUGUUGGAUAUCCGUGUGUAGGAGCAGCAGGAGCCCCACGGGCUUAUCCUGCAUCGCUCUCCCAACAUCUCCAGCAACGAGGCUCCCUUUGGGAAAGGCGAAUCCAGCCCGUUCUGCCUCUGAACUCUUCCAGCAUCGAAAGCGAGUGAAGCUGCUGUUUGUAGAUUCUUUGUAGUGUGGAUGUUGGAGUUGGCGACACCCAGCAGCUCCCGCAGCCGCCACUCAAGGACCCAGCUGGGAGGAGUGACCCGCAUGCAAAUCCCGCAGCCUCCAGCGAGCGCUGCCGGAGCCCUCGGGUGCCGCUGGGUGUUUAGUUAUUCCGGUCAAACCUCGCUGCCGCUCCUGCCUGCUUGUCCUUGCUGUGCUGAAACAAACCUGCUCCAGGGCUCCAGCCCCAUUAGGAGGACAAAAGGACAUCAGGCAGUGC